AUGGAAGACGAACCGUCGGAAACAACCCCAGCCUCACUCAUUCCUCCACUCCCAAGAGACUCCCGCGGCUCCCUCGAAAUCUUCAACCCCUCCUCGACCCGACCCGCCAGCCCGCCUCCCUUUCGCCAAUCCAAACCCGCCACCUGGAAAACCUGGCUCGACCCGCGUGACACCCUAAACCCCAAACCCGACCCGUCACCACCACCCAUCCCCGCCUCCAAGUCCGGCCGCGACGACGGCACCAUCACCUCAUGGAUGGCCCUCAAGGACUUCCCUCCAACUCCGCCGCCGCCUUCCAAGCCGUCAAAACAGUCCCAGCAGUCCCCGCCCUAUAUCCAGCAGCAGCAGACCAUCUCCGCCGCGGUCAACGACAAGUCAACCCCGGAGCAAGGCGACGCUGCGCAGAGGGCCGCCGAGUGGGGGCUGGUGCUGAAGACGGACACCGAGACCGGGAAGCCGCAGGGAGUGACGACCAGAAACUCCGGCGGACCCGAGGACCCGAGUCACAAACCGGGUACGUCGAGAAGAAACUCCAACAACUCUGUCCGGAGCUCCGGGGAGCUCUCCGACGACGGCGGCGGUGGCGGAGGAAUCGGAAAAGGGUUCCCGAGAGUUUCGGAGGACUUGAAAAACGUGCUGUCGACGUUUCAGCAGACGUUUGUGGUGUCGGAUGCAACCAAACCCGAUUACCCGAUCAUGUACGCCAGCGCCGGGUUUUUCAAGAUGACCGGGUACACCUCCAAGGAGGUCAUCGGAAGAAACUGCCGGUUUUUGCAGGGAGCGGAUACGGACCCGGAAGACGUGGCGCAGCUGAGGGAGGCGUUGGCGAAGAACACGAGCUAUUGUGGGCGGUUGUUGAAUUAUAAGAAAGAUGGGACCCCUUUUUGGAAUUUACUUACUAUUGCUCCCAUCAAGGACGAAACUGGAAAGGUCCUCAAAUUCAUCGGAAUGCAAGUGGAGGUGAGCAAGCACACUGAGGGGUCCAAGGAUAAGAUGCUGCGCCCCAAUGGACUGCCUGAAUCUCUCAUUCGAUAUGAUGCUCGUCAGAAAGAGAAGGCUACACAUUCAGUAACUGAGCUUGUGCAGGCAGUGAGGAGACCGAGGUCACUUAGUGAAUCGACAAAUCGUCCCUUUAGAAAUUCAGGUGGUGGUGGAAGGGGAGACGAGGUAAUAGAAGCUCACGCGAGGCGAAGCUCAGAGAGUUUGCCUCGGAGAAACUCGGAGUCCGUGGCACCACCUAGACGUAACUCACUUGGUGAUGCUAACUUCUCAAUGCAUAGCAUCAAGGAGGUUCCUGAAAAGAAACAGAAAAAACCUAGACGCCGCUCUUUCAUGGGGAUUAUGAAGAAAAGUCAAACUCAAAGCCAACUCGAUGAUGAUACAUUUGAUGAGUUUGGAGCUUCUGAGGACGUCCGUGACGACAGUGACAAUGAUGAGAGACCCAUGAGUCUUGACGACAAAGUGAGGAAGAAGGAAAUGAGGAAGGGUAUGGAUCUUGCUACAACGCUGGAACGUAUAGAGAAAAACUUUGUCAUUACUGAUCCAAGGCUGCCUGAUAAUCCCAUUAUAUUUGCAUCCGACAGCUUCUUAGAGCUAACGGAGUACAGCCGCGAAGAAAUAUUGGGAAGAAAUUGCAGAUUCCUUCAAGGACCAGAGACUGAUCCAGCAACUGUGAAGAAAAUAAGAGAGGCAAUUGACAACCAGACUGAAGUGACCGUACAGCUCAUCAAUUACACGAAAAGCGGCAAAAAGUUCUGGAAUGUCUUUCAUCUGCAGCCUAUGCGUGAUCAUAAGGGAGAAGUACAGUAUUUUAUUGGAGUACAACUUGAUGGCAGUCAGCACAUUGAGCCUCUCCAGAACUCUAUUCCUGAAGUUGCAGCAAAAGAGAGUGAAAAACUGGUCAAAGAGACUGCAGUGAAUGUUGAUGAGGCAGCAAGAGAACUUCCGGAUGCCAAUAUGAAACCAGAAGAUUUAUGGAUGAAUCAUUCGAAGGUCGUUCAUCCAAAGCCUCAUAGGAAGGAUAGCCCCCCUUGGAUAGCUAUUCAAAAGAUUCUAGACAGUGGAGAACAGAUAGGAUUGAAACAUUUUAAGCCUAUAAAGCCCUUGGGAUCUGGUGAUACUGGCAGUGUGCAUUUGGUGCAAUUGUGUGGAACUGAUCAGUACUUCGCCAUGAAGGCUAUGGAUAAGAAUAUCAUGCUCAAUCGGAACAAGGUGCAUAGAGCUUGUGCGGAGAGAGAGAUCCUCGAUAUGUUGGAUCACCCUUUUCUUCCUGCAUUAUAUGCUUCAUUUCAGACCAAAACGCAUGUUUGCCUGAUCACUGAUUACUACCCUGGUGGAGAACUCUUCCUACUUUUGGACAGUCAACCAACGAAGGUCCUGAAGGAAGAUUCAGUGAGAUUUUAUGUUGCAGAGGUAGUUGUUGCCUUGGAGUACCUUCAUUGUCAAGGGAUAAUUUACAGGGAUUUGAAGCCUGAAAAUGUUUUACUUCAGAGCAAUGGGCAUGUAACCCUGACCGAUUUCGAUUUAUCAUGUUUGACAUCUUGCAAACCACAGCUUUUACUUCCAACCAUUAACGAAAAGAAAAGGCAUCACAAACGUCAACACGAUCCAAUCUUCAUGGCUGAACCAAUGAGAGCAUCAAAUUCAUUCGUUGGCACGGAAGAGUAUAUCGCUCCAGAAAUCAUAACUGGAGCUGGCCAUUCUAGUGCAGUAGACUGGUGGGCUCUUGGUAUUCUUAUAUAUGAAAUGCUCUAUGGAUAUACACCGUUUAGGGGAAAGACAAGGCAAAAGACAUUCGCCAAUAUUCUUCACAAGGAUCUCAAAUUUCCAGGAAGUAUACCGGCAAGUCUCCAAGCAAAGCAGCUGAUGUAUCGGUUGCUGCAUCGUGAUCCUAAAAACAGAUUGGGGUCUCUGGAAGGGGCAAACGAAAUUAAGCGUCACCCUUUCUUUCGGGGUGUCAACUGGGCUCUAGUUCGCUGCAUGAAUCCUCCUAAACUUGAUUCCCCUCUCUUCGGGACAACUGAAGCCGAAAAGGGUGCUAAGCUUGUCGAUCCUGAGAUGCAAGAUCUACAAACAAAUAUUUUCUAAGAGGACCCUUUGCUGCACAUUUUGAGUACUUGAUCAACGUACUGCAUCUCGUUCCGUAAAUCAUAAGAAUAGGCUCUGGAGAAAGCUAAUCAUGUUGUUGAAGAAUUGAGUUCUUAAUGAUUUGGUUGUGGAUGGAAAUUGUUUGCAAUUUGUAGAUGGACCCUGCUUGAGGGUUUUCAAUCAUUGUGUGUAUAUGAUAUCUGCAACGUUGUAAUGUUUCUGUAAUCAAUCUUUUGUAGGGUUUGUAAUCUCGGAAAUUUUGUUAGUAAAUGAAUUCCACUAUUCAUCAUGUUUGUU